AUAUGGUGGAAUGGACAGACGAAAAAGAUUGUGAACUGUGAAGAAAGAGGUUAUGAUUUAUGAAUCAAAGAGGUUGGUUCUGAUGUUAGUUGUAGUGUAGUAGGCAUACCUAUUUAGAUUAUUAUAAUACUAGUUGGUUCUUAAGUCAUUAUUUUAAUACGUGAAAGAGCUGUAUUUAAUACCUAAUUAUCAGAAUGGAAAAUUUUGACCUAAGAGUAAGAGACCUUGUUCUUCAGCUUCAUAGUUACGGUGCAUUAAAAUUUGGAGACUUCAUUAUGAAAGUUGGCGUAAACUCUCCUGUUUACUUUGAUUUGCGUGUGAUGGUUUCAUAUCCAAAGCUAAUGGAUACUCUGUCGCAACUAAUGCUUGACUUUGUGAAAUCAAGGAAUGUAGAUUUCAAAAGACUUUGCGGAGUGCCUUAUACUGCUCUCCCCAUAGCAACUCUAAUGUGCGUCAAGUCAGAUGUUCCCAUGCUGAUGCGCAGAAAAGAGGCAAAAAACUAUGGCACAAAGAAAAUAAUUGAAGGCCGUUUUGAUAAGGGUGACAAGUGUCUCAUUGUUGAAGACGUAUGCACUUCGGGUUCGAGUAUAUUGGAGACCUAUGAAGAUCUUGUUAAAGAGGGCUUGGAAGGGAAAGAUUGUGUGAUUGUAGUUGACAGACAGCAAGGAGGCUACAACAAUCUUCUGAAGAAGGGUAUCAGAGUGCAUGCGCUAACAACUUUAUCGAAGGCAUUGGAAAUACUUUUUGAAGCCGGACGUAUAGAUGCCGAUGUUGUUGAGAAAGUCAACAGAUACACCAGAGCAAACUCAGUUGAGUUUGUCAAUGGAACAGUUAGUAAAAGUGAAACUACAAAUCAUAUUCCAGAAAGAAUCAUUACUCCAUUCUCAGAAAGAGUGCAACAUAGUAAAUGUAUAUUAGCGGCUCAACUGUUCAAGAUUAUCGUAGAAAAAAAGUCAAAUCUUUGUUUGGCAGCAGAUGUAACUAGUUCUGUAGAACUAUUGAAUCUUGCGCAAACCUUGGGACCCUAUAUUGUCAUUUUCAAAGUCCACGCCGAUAUUGUGAAAGAUUUCAAGCAGGAAACUGCUGACCAAUUGAGAUCAAUCGCCAAGUCACACAAGUUUCUCAUCAUGGAAGACAGAAAAUUUGCAGACAUUGGUGAAACAGUGAGACAGCAGUACUGUUCGUACUCUCCAUGGGCAGAUCUUGUCACCGUCCAUCCUCUGCCAGGUGACGGCGUUCUGAAAGCGCUGUCAACUGCGUUCACAGAGUCCACUUCUCAACCAAGGGCUGUUUUCAUUGUCGCUCAGCUCAGUUGUCAGAAUAAUCUUAUCACUGCUGAUUAUACAAAAGAUUCAGUAAAGAUGGCGGAACGUUAUGCAGACAUAGUGGCUGGUUUCGUUUGUCAGUCAGGCGAUGUGAUCCAGUCUAUUGGACAAGUGCAACUAACACCUGGGGUGAAUAUCUCCACAGACAGCGACAGUCUUGGCCAACAGUAUUCCAGUCCAGACGUUGUAAUUGGCCAAAAGGGAGCCGAUAUAGCUGUUGUUGGCAGAGGAAUCGUCAAAGCCAAGAACAUUGUGGAGACAGCAAAGAAUUAUCAGACAAUUCUAUGGGAAGCUUAUGAGAAAAGGGUCUGCCAUUCUUCAUGAAAACAUCUCUCAUCUAAAUUGCAUGAAAUGUAUCCUGAAAGAAAAGACAUUCCAAGAAAUGAAUUAUAGUAUAAUUUCAUAUUUUUGUUAUAAAAUAUACAUAUAUUUUAUUUAUG